CAAGACUCACUGGCCAGCUGAGAAGACGACCCUGCCCGCUAGGACAAUGGAGAGUCCAAGGGUAUUGGAGCCCUUCCAGCCAUCAGAGCCCCACACCUGGGAAGACUACGUCGAACGCUUCGAGUUCUUUGCAGUGGCUCAAGGGAUCACCGAUGCCAGCAAAAGAAGGGCCACAUUCCUGAGCUACUGUGGGCCCGAGACCUUCAAGCUGGCCAAGGCAUUACUUGCUCCAGCGAAGCUGAGUGAGACAUCUCUCAAAGAUAUUCUUGCCUGCCUAACAAGCCACUUGGCGCCUACUGAGACCAAGAUGGCCCGGCGGAUGGAGUUCCAUAAGAGGCAGCAGCAUGCUGGGGAGUCUGUAUCCACAUUUCUGGCUGAACUCCGGAAGCUCGCUCAGCACUGCGGCUUCCAAAAUCUGGAAGAGACUCUCCUGGAUCGGUUUAUUGGUGGUCUGAGCAGCAAGAAAGCCAGAAGACGCAUCGUGGCUAAAGAAGAGGUUACCCUUGCUUCAGCCUUGAAAGAGGCCACCGCCACGGAGAAUUAUGAAAGAGAGGAGCUUGAUGCCAGUCGCAAGGCCACUAAGCCACAGAUAGAAGUUGCGCAUGCCAUGGACGAGCUAGAGGCUACUCCGAGCCAGAGCCCAGUCCGUGGGGUCGAGUCGGUGCGUCAGGCCUGCACAGUGCACAGAGAUCGCCGAGGCAGUUGCCCAGGUUGUGGCGGAAACCAUGAAAGGAAGAGUUGUCGUUUCAGGGAUGCUAUCUGCCGGACGUGCGGAAAGACGGGUCACAUCGCCAGGGUCUGUAGAUCGGCGGCGUCGGGAGCGACAGGAGCACCUAGACUGGAGCAUCGCAGACCGCCCACAGCAACUCGUUUUCUAAAGGACUGCCACUACGUAACGGAGAUCAACGGGAGGGCCGUGCAGUUUCCAGCGCAAGGCAAGGCACACGUCAAGGUGAAGAUUGAGGGUCAGCAGUGCGACAUGGAGGUGGACUCCGGAUCCGCAUUCACCAUCGUGUCGGACCAGACCGCGAAGACAUUCUUCCCCAGGGGUAAGUUGCCCCCUCUGGAGCCCUUUCCGGCAACCUUGCAGUCGUACUCAGCAGGCCGCAUCCAUGUUAUGGGAAUGUGUGCCGUGAGAGUACAGUUCCGGGACAAACAGGCUGUACUCAAACUGGUGAUUGCGAAGGGCAGUCGCCCCAGUCUCCUGGGCACUGACUGGUUCCCUGCCCUGGGACUGAGUAUCUCAGGGCUUAAUUCAAUCCAAACCUGCCCUGAGAUGAGUGAGGUAUUAUGCAAGGAAUUUGCUGGUCUCUUUAAUGGAAAACUGGGUUGUUAUAAAGGGCCCCCAGUUGACUUCGAGUUGGACCCCGGGGUGGCUCCAAUCCGACUCAAACCAAGGCGAGUGCCAUUUGCACUGCAACCCAAGAUCGAGGCAGAGCUGGAUAAAUUGGUCAAGCAGGGAGUUCUCUCACCCGUGGACUCUGCUAAGUGGGAGACUCCAAUCGUCACACCCCUUAAAGCAAAUGGGGAAGUCAGGAUAUGUGCAGAUUACAAAUGUACUAUCAAUAAGGCACUCAGGGGAAACUCAUACCCCAUUCCAGUCGUAUCACAUCUGUUGGCUAAACUGGCUGGGGGCAAGGUGUUCGCCAAAAUUGACCUGGCACAAGCUUACCAACAGCUGCCAGUAACCCCACAAUCAGCGGAAGCACAGACUAUUGUCACACAUAAAGGGGCGUUCAGAGUUAACAGAUUACAGUUCGGAGUUUGUGUGGCCCCAGGGAUUUUUCAAGGGCUCAUGGAACGCCUGUUAAGAGGUAUGCCGGGGGUCUUGCCAUUUUUUGAUGAUGUUUUGAUUGCUGGAAAAGACCCACAGGAACUGGUUGCGCGUGUCCGUGCAGUGUUGCUCAAGUUCAAGGAGGUGGGGUUGCAACUGAAAAAAGAAAAAUGCAGUUUUGGGGUGCCAACUGUGGAUUUCUUGGGGUUUAAAAUUGAUGCAUCAGGCAUCCACCCCACAGAUGCUAAGAUUAAGGCCAUCAUCGAGGCACCACGACCACAGAACAAGACGGAGUUGCAGUCAUUCCUGGGACUUAUUAACUUUUAUCAUUCGUUCUUACCCCAGAAAGCUUCGGUAGCUGAACCAUUACAUAGACUAUUGCAGAAAAAGAAUGUGUGGCGAUGGGGGCGGAAGCAGCAGAAGGCUUUUGACUCCUUGCGAGGAAUGCUGAGUAGCAGGAGCGUCCUUGCUCAUUAUGAUGAGUCAAAGCCGCUGGUCCUGGCAUGUGAUGCCUCUCAAUACGGUCUGGGGGCUGUGCUGAGUCAUAGGGAACCGGAUGGGUCGGAAAAGCCCAUCUCUUUCUAUUCCCGUACGUUGUCGCCCACAGAGCGCAACUAUGCUCAAAUUGAUAAAGAGGCACUGGCUAUUGUGUCCGGAAUCAAAAGGUUCUAUGAUUAUUUGUACGGUCGCCAUUUCUCCAUUGAAACGGACCACAAACCACUGUUAGGGUUGUUCAACCCAAACAAACAAACGCCACAAAUUCUCUCCCCCAGAAUGUUGCGUUGGUCAAUAUUCCUGAAUGGGUUCCAGUACACCUUGACCCAUGUGCCGGGGAAACAGUUGUGCCAUGCUGAUGCGCUGAGUCGAUUGCCCCUUCCUGGCGGGAGCAAUGAGGAUCCUGCUCCGGCGGAGCACAUUAUGAUGCUAGAAACACUUCCGGGGGCUCCUGUAACAGCUACGGAUAUAGCUGAGAAAACUAGGAAAGAUGCUGUUCUCUCCCGUGUGCUCACUUGGGUGGGGAGGGGGUGGCCAGGUGGUCCGCAUGAAGAAAAAUUCAGGCCUUAUGCGACAAGGCAGCACGAAUUGUCCAUGCAUAAGGGUUGUCUCCUAUGGGGAGAUAGGGUGAUAAUCCCAGCACCACUGAGAAACAGGGUUCUUGAGACGCUUCACAUGGGACACCCGGGAAUGGUCAGGAUGAAGUCGCUAGCCCGAUGUUAUGUGUGGUGGCCUGGAAUGGACCAGAACAUAGAACAAUGGGUACGAACAUGCAAGGCAUGCCAAGAGGUGCGGCCAGAAGUGGCCAGAGCACCAGUCCACUGGUGGGAGCAGUCCAGGACUCCCUGGAGCCGGCUGCACAUAGAUUUUGCUGGGCCAUUCCAAGGGAAGGUCUUUUUGGUUAUCGUUGAUGCAUAUUCCAAAUGGUUAGAAGUGGCGAUGGUCCCUAGCAUGGCAUCAGCUGCCGUAAUCAAGGUGUUGAGGCAGCUGUUUGCUACCCACGGGUUACCUGAGACCAUUGUAUCAGAUAAUGGGGCAGCUUUUGUAUCCCAAGAAUUCAGGGCAUUCUUGGCUGAUAACUUUAUAAGAGGGGUCACAUCCGCGCCCUUUCACCCAUCCUCCAAUGGGCAGGCUGAGCGCAUGGUAAGAACAGCCAAAGAAUCCAUUGCGCGCUUAAUGGAGGGUAACUGGUCGGCUCGCAUUGCGCGAAUGUUAUUUUUGCAGCAUGCGACGCCGUGUACUGCGACGGGCAAGUCGCCAGCCGAGCUGCUCUUAGGUAGAAGACUGGUAACGGUGCUGGAUUAUGUCCACCCAGAUAAAAUGCCAAACCGUAAUUCAAGAGCAACCCCCCAGGCUGAGACUGACACAACAAGGUAUCUCGCCCCUGAAGAUCUGGUCUGGGUGAGGAACUAUUCACGAGGUCCGCGGUGGGUGGCCGGUGUGAUCACCCGGGCUAGUGGACCUGUGUCCUAUUAUGUGACCUUGGAAAAUGGGCAAGUUUGGAAGAGACAUAUAGAUCAGCUGAGGCGCCGGGCGCUCAGCAGGGAGGAGUCAGAUAAUUCAUCCCUGGCUAAUGACGCACAGCUGCGAGACCAGAGUGAAGAUGGCCCAGAGGUGCAGUCACCAGGGGCUUCAGCAAAUGAACCAGGGUCUGCUAGUCCUCAGGAUGACGAGGUACAGGUCGGGGACCCUGAGAUGUCUGGGACUCCAUCUGUUCCUGAUGAAACCCCUAUAGCAGCCCCUCCACCACAGGUAACACCCAAUCCAGAACCUGCAACACCUGUUGUCAGGAGAUCAGGUAGAAGUUGUAGGACCCCACAGUACCUGAGGGAUUACAUCUGCUGUGCUCACUAGGGGGGGAGGGGUGUUGUGUAUUGAGUCAAAGGAUUUUAUAUCUGUAUUAUUAUUGUCUGUAUUUGCAUUAGGAUAAAGUAACUGCCUUUUGGUUCCAGAGGGUACAGCUACUAUUGGUUCAUUUAAGCUGCUGUAUUUGGAUCCUCUGUCUUAUUGGUUUCCUCCAAAAGGCAGCACUGUGAUUGCUUGAUAUUGUUCCCUCCAAAAUGUAUCCCUUCCUAGCUAGUCCCCUGUCCCUAUAAAUGUAGCUUUCCUCUCCUCAGUCUUCAGUCUUGUUCACUUUAAUAAAGAGCUGUUACUAGAGAACUGUCUCCAGCAUGUUUUGUCAAGAGAGCUGAAAUCACAAACCCCACGUCACAACAAUACCAAUGACAAACUUAGUUGGUCUCUAACACAAACUUAGUUGGUCUCCCUAAGUUUGUAGGCCAGGGGAUGUGGGUGGCACUGUGGGUUAAACCACAGAGCCUAAGGCUUGCCAAUCAGAAGGUCGGUGGUUCAAAUCCCCGCGACGGUGUGAUCUGUUGCUCGGUCCCAGCUCCUGCCAAACUAGCAGUUCGAAAGAACAUCAAAGUGCAAGUAGAUAAAUAGGUACCACUCCGGCGGGAAGGUAAACGGCGUUUCCAUACGCUGCUCUGGUUUGCCAGAAGAGGCUUAGUCAUGCUGGCCACAUGUCCCAAAAGCUGUACACUGGCUCCCUCGGCCAGUAAAACGAGAUGAGCUCCGCAACCCCAGAGUCGUCCUAACAGUCAUUGGUCCAUUUACCUACGGUGCUACUGAAAGGAAUUUUUUUUUUGUUGUUUCGAUUACCUCAGACCAACAUGGCUACCCACCUGUAACUAAUACUUGGAACCUGAACACUUCAAACUCAGAAAUGAGUGUUCCAGUUUGGGCACUUUUUUCGGAAGCUGAACAUGCUCUCUUCUGAGUAUAACUUCCAUACUUCCGUUUUCCUUGUGAGGGAAGGCGGGCCGGGCAGCAACCGAGCAGGUACCUGCUGGCCUCCAGCGAUAGGUUCCUCCGCCACAACAGCAACCACCCCCUCCUCCAGCUCUGGUGGCCCCAACUCAGAGUGAGGGAAGGCUGGGCCAGGCAGCAAGUAGGAGUGGGAUUGGCAAGUAGGAUUGGAAUCGGGCUGCUCCUCUAGGAAGCGUUGCCGCUAGCACGGGAACAGCAGCUGGAUCGGGGCUGCUCAGCUAGGGAGGUGCAGGCUCCCUUACACUAUCCAUUGAGGGGUUUGCGGCUGCAUCAGAUCCCCUGCAACCCCAUGAAGGCAGCCAGGCUGAAUAGUUGCUGGGGUUGGGGAAGGUGGAGGCUCCUCAUCCCCGCCCUGCUUCUGAACAAGGCUGCCUUCAGAGGUCUUCCAAAAGUUAUGUAAUUCUUUCUCUCUUUGACAUCUGCUAUUGAGAGGGGGUGUUCCACAGGGAGGGUGCCACUACUGAGAAGGCCCUAUCCCUGGUAACCAGUAAAUGUGAGGGAACUGCCAGAAGACCCUCGGAAGUGGACCUCAGUGAUGAUGGGAUAUUUUCUUUUCCUUGUGUUACAGAUGGAUGUUGAAACAAGGUGUGAUUGACAAGGCCAUGUCUGGAUCACAGAUUUCUGCCCAACACCACUCCUCUUCUGUAAUAUACCUGUGAUGUUUUGAUGACCCUGUGAGAAAUGUGUUGUGGGAAUUUUUAAAAACUCAUGUAAUCUUUGUUCUGGACAUUUUCUUUUUUUGCUCUCCUUAGAGAUUGAGACCUUUGUUGCAACAACUAAAUGAUCAUGCCUUCUGGCCACACAUUUGCUUCCUCAUUGCUUGGCUGUGGUCUUGCGUUUUAUGAUCAACCCAGCUCCUGUAGGGCUAGACUCCAGCGAAGUUGGAAAGCGCUUUAGAUAGCGUACCCCAAGAAUUGUUCUUUCCACCUGGAUGGAGUUGGG